AUGUCUGGCUCUCAUUUUGCUGGUCAAGCCAGGCUUGCUCAAUCGCUGCGUACAUUCGAUGAGAAACCAGUCGAGUUCCGCAUAUCAGUAGUGAAAAGAGUCAAGGACGCCCUGCCCACAACAGCAGCUUCCGCAGAUUUAGGAGAGGAGAAUGACCACCAGCGGAGAACAUCUGUGCAUACCCCUAUUGGAUCAGCAGAUAAUAUCAACGUUUCUACGGAUACAUUUCAAAAUAAUGUUUUUUUUAACUUGGAAGGGGUGCCGGGUUUGAGGCUCGCAAAUGUUUUCCCACCAUUUCUCGCCGCUUCAAUUGGCGCGCAACCUUCAACUAGCCAUUCUGGUAAACAAGCAGCGGACAUCACGAUGUCAUUCCUCAUCACGAUGUCAUUCCUUCUCGCCAUGCAAACUGGUAACAAAUUUGACUCCAAAAUGAGUUUAAAAAUUAAGCCUCACAGAGUUGGAUAUUUUGUAAUGCGAUUAUUCGACAUUUAUAUGGAAUCGAUAAACGAAGAGCGAUACAUCGUCCUACCGUCCACUGGCUCGGAAGCUGUUACUCGCGGUGAAUGGAUCUUACUAGGCUGCAAACGAGAGGUUAUUUCGGAGGUCUUUGGGGAUAUUGUGGCUACAGCUGUCAAAGCAAGCCUGACUUACAUAGAAGACGAAGGGCAAGGAAAGCCUGUGACAGAGUGCGUGGCCAUGGUGGUUUCGUCCAAGGCCAGUGAGGGAGCUGUCAUAACUCUAUCUCUGGCUGAGAAAGAGUUCGCCCUUAUGAUAUACCUUUAUCCAGCAAUUCUUCCAAUAUACUUUCUGGCCCUUUCCUUCAAUAAGAAAGGAACUGUUUUCGGCCUCGGAGAAAUUGAUAGACACCAGGAGUGGCUGUAUAUCAAGUAA